GGAGGUCUCAAGGCGGUGAUCUGGACAGACGUGUUCCAGACGGUGGUAAUGUUCGCCGGUCAGCUGGCGGUCAUCGUGGUUGGGGCCAAUCAGGCAGGGGGCAUAGCAGAGGUGUGGAGGAAAGCGAUCAAUGGCAGCCGCAUUGCUGGACUAGACCUGAACCCAAACCCUCUGGAGCGCCACACCUUCUGGACGCUGGGUGUGGGAGGAGUGUUCCUGAUGUUGGCGCUGUACGGGGUCAACCAGGCCCAGGUCCAGAGGUACCUCAGCUCUCGUACGGAGAAAGAGGCCGUCAUGUGA